UUGUGUAGAUCCACAUCGAAACCACUACGAAAAUCCCGCCGAGUCCUACCAACCAACCAUCCCGCAGGAGACAUUCAUCGAAAAGGGCAUUCUUCAAGCCCAUAUCCAUAGCCACGACUGCAACCAGUGGGUUCUCCAAGUUCCUGCAACGAAAAAGCAAAGAAUCCAAAUGAAUCGAUUGACCCGGUUUGAAACUCCACUGUACACAAGAGUUCCGGAGCAUCCUGGUGUUUGGCAGCCCCAUCUAUACCGCCCACGCCCGAUAAAAACUGCCAUGGAAUCCAGCGAUCCGCAUCUACUGGACGGAUAUGCUUUUCGAAACCUCUACAUUGAUAGUGCAGCAGAGGAACUUCCCGCCCAUAAUCAUCCUGAUGCAGAAAGAUAUGAAGAUUUCAUAGCUCGCAUCGCCGAUAUGAACCAGGGAGCGUACAGUUGCAUACAUCGAGAGCACUUUGAAGGAAAACAGCUGGGUGGAGAGUUUCUGAAACAGGAUUUGUGGGACCAAAGUAAUACAACCUACCGCCGUUACCAUUGCGGUUCAAAUAGAAACUUAGAUUCCUUGGAUAUUCAAAGGAGAAAAAUUCGUGCCGGUAAACGUCGAGUUUCAAUUCCGCCCGGAUGGACAUUUGAGAAAACUUCUUCCGCGGCAGCGCAUCGUUCAUGGGAAGAACUGGCGGGCUUGAAGCAAACAGCUGACACAAGUGACCACGACAAACAAUGACGAAAAAUCAAUCGUACUUACUCUUGUCGAAGACUGUGAUAGAGGUCCAUUGCCUUCGUGCUCCUGGCUAUUGGAAAGAAAAUCAUCGUUGCGUUGAGAAACUCGGAGGAUUCCUAUAGAAAAAUAUACUCUCAUUAUGGCAUU